CUUGUCCUUGGUGAAAGUUCGUUGCCCAACCGAUCGGAGAGGGGUGAUAACUCCGGAAGCAAGCUAAAGGAAGAAGAAGCGAGGAGAGAAACAUUGGCAGCCCCUAAGUAGGGAAUCUGGGUGAUACGAAGCGAGUACAUCGCCUGAAUCAUGUCACCAGCCCCCCCUGUCUUUAGCCGAUGCUACGAUCCAAGUCACGUCGGCUAGGGGAUGGCAGGUCCUUCUGGGUAUGCUCGGAGGGGUUGCGGAGCUCCCUUUGCCCCUGGUGCCAGCUCUAGGGGCGUGUCUACACGAUCACGCAAGCUAAUGACCAUCUUGAUAGCACGGCAGAAAAGACAUAAAGGGGGCCGGGAGUGGUGUCUCUUCCCAUCGUCUUUUCGUCCAUCCAAUCCACUCUUCAGCUCCAGCUCCACUCCACUCACAAUCACAGGGCCGAUCACAGUCUUUACCACUCUCCUUUUACUCUCACCACACACCACCAACUACCCUCUCAAACUUAUCAUGCAGCUCCAACUCUCCUUUCUCGCUCUCGCCGCCUUUGUCGGUGCUGCAGCCGCUACGGCUUCUUUGCCUGACACGGGGUCCGUCGCCAAGGGCGCCCCAGCUAUCCCCAGCACUGACUCUCUGCCCAAGCUGGACUCUCUUGCCAGCUUGGACAAGGUCUCUCCGCUGCUCCAGAGUCGUUCUGGUCCCGUCCAGAUUCGGGCCUCGCUCAUGCAGGGUCAGAACACCCUCUCGGAGCUCGAGAGCCAGCUGUCCAGUCUCGGCUCCAUCUCCGAGCGAUCCGCCGUGUCUGAAGCCCAAGCGGCCGUCGAGGAUGCCAUGACCGAGUACGGCUCGGCUCUCGGAGCUGGCUUGAAGCGAUCGACGGACGUAAAGACGUCCCUCAAGGCUGCAGCCAAGAAGGCCAAGGUGGCCUUUGCCAAGGCGCGAAAGGCUCUGGACUCUGCCGAUGAAGAGGCCAAGUCCAAGACUCACAAGGGCGCCAAGAAGACGGGACGAACCGAAUUGGUCAAGUACAUUGACGCUGCCGAGAAAGCCCUCGAUGACGCCGAAGAGGCCUUCAAGGCCGCCUUUGGCACCUCCUUCGACGGCACUACCGACAAGCGCGAUGGUCUGCUGCUCAACAACGUCGACGCCUUUGCCGACCAGACCAAUGCGGCCAAGGACAAUCCCACUGAUGAGACUGGCAUCGAGCUGCCUCCUCUGUCUGAGCUCCUGGGCCGAGAUGGUCUGCUGGUCAACAAUGUGGCCGUCUUGGGCCACCAAAAGAACACAAAGGGCAACUCGAACAAGAUGGAGCUCCUGGACCUGGUCAAUGCUCCCCAUGUGCCCUUGGCCGCCCGCGACGGUGUGCUUGGCAACAAUGUCAAUCUCGGUGGUAAGCAGGCCAACAGCAGAAAGGGCUCCAACUCCAAGGGCACUCUGAUCAAGUCACCCGAUCUGGCCGCCCUCCUGCCUCGCGCAGGUGCUAUCCUCAACAACAUCAACCUCCUCGGCGAGCAGACGCACCACAGAGAGAAGAGCUCGGCUGAUCAAAAGGUCAUUGGACGAGCCCUCACUGGCGCUGUCGAGGUCGCCGACAUUGAGCUGAUUGGCUCCGACGGCUCGCUGCUCUAGAUGUACGCCAGGCAAAGGCGCGCUGAAAUGGGGGCAGGCUCGAGGUGCUGGCUCUUGAGCCAUUGUUCCCUAUCGUGCUGCCCUUCCACCCAUUCUAUCUUCCCCACUCUGUCCCGCUUGUACCU